UCUCCUCUCUCUCUCUCUCUCUCUCUCUCUCUAAAACCUUUUUCUCUCUCUAAACAAGCUCACCGAAAAACUCAGCCUGUAUUUCGAGAAAUGCGACCAAAAACCCUAAUGAAAAACCAGAAAACACUGAUUAAAAGCCUCUCCGAUCUCAAUUGGAGUCUCGUUUGAGCCAAUGAUCUGAUACAUUUUCGCAAUUACAAGAGCGCAUCGAUACAAAAUUUGUGAAAAUUUAGUGCUGUUACUUUAGUUUUAAUUCAAUUUUUUUUUUUGGUUUUUUUUUUUUUUUUUUUUUGGAUUUUUGGUCGGUGUGAAGAUGUACAAGAACCAGCUUCAGGAGCUGGCGCAGCGGAGCUGCUUCAAUCUGCCGUCGUACAUGUGCAUCAGAGAAGGUCCCGAUCACGCGCCGAGGUUCAAGGCCGCCGUUAAUUUUAACGGCGAGUCGUUUGAGAGCCCUAGCUUCUGUUCGACGCUCCGUCAGGCAGAACACUCUGCUGCUGAGGUGGCACUCAAUGCACUCGCUAACCGCGGCCCUUCUAACUCACUCGCCGCCAGAAUUCUGGACGAGACAGGCGUAUAUAAGAACCUCUUGCAGGAGGUGUCACAAAGAGUGGGAGCAUCUUUGCCUGCUUAUACAACUUUCAGAACUGGUCUAGGACACCUUCCAGUAUUUACCGGUACUGUAGAGUUGGCAGGCGUUAUAUUUACUGGCGAGCCAGCUAAGAACAAGAAGCAAGCAGAAAAGAAUGCGGCCAUGGCAGCUUGGUUAUCUCUCAAAUCAUUAAUGCAGCAAACUGAAACUCCAUAUGAAAAGACACACAAGGAUGAGCAGGAGCACGUCUCUGUAGCUCGUGCUCUGCAGAAGUAUAUAAUAAAGGCAAGAUUAGCAAGACUGUCUUUCCCAAUAAACUUCCCCACACUAAACCCAAGGCCACCGUCAAUCUCCCACCAGUCUCCCGCCACAUCAUCGAAAAUCCUCCCCUUGAUAUGCCCCAAAACAGCUUACCGCAACAGGCCCGUUACACCACUAAACAGCAACGGCCCCACAUUCCAAAGGCCCGUUAUAACAACUCAAAGCCAGCAGCACUCAUCAUUGAUGGACAGCAGCUUCAAUCUCCGGCCACAUAAAUUCCCCGGAGCAGGAGCGGCGGCACCACCCUACAUUCCGGUCCGCCACUGCAACCCACACAGCAGAAUCGCCGCACCGGUGACUGUACGGAAUAUGAUUCCCGUUUUCUCCGCACCACCACUUCCUCCGCCACCACCACAGGCGGCACUAGUGAUGAUGCCGUUGGUGCCGCCAGCACCGGCUAUUGCACCGCCAGUGUGUGUGAGGCACUCCGUUCCUGCAUUUGCUGCUCCUGUUCGGAUGAAGGAGCGAACAACGGGAAAUGUAGUAGUUAAAAUCGAGGAUCCAAGAAUUUCGAAAUCCCCAACGGUUGAAGUAGAGAAGCCACCUGUUUCUCUACCCUCGUCUGAAGUGGUCCCCACAGUUCAAGCUGAGGCUACAGUUUCUGAGGUUAGUACUCCACCUGCAAGUUCACAAGCAUCUGCUGAAGAGACUUCGGCGGAGAUUGAAGGCUUAAAAGAUCUGAAGAUAUGAUAAUAUCGAACCGUUUGAAUGGCAUGAACUGCAGUCAGUUUCUUCAGUGCGACUGGCUUGUGUAGGUUUCGAUUUUCCUUUUAUUUAUUUUUUUUACCUUUUUUCUUAUUUUUAUUUUUGGUUAAUGUGUUUUUGUUUGUUGUGGGAGAACUAAACUAAACUGUCUUAAAAGAGUUAAAACUUCUUAAUAGUUUCUGAGUACUUCGGUCCCUCAGAAACCGUAAAAUCUCGUAUGAUGUGUUUUUUUAGCAACUUAGCUGCUGCGAAUUAAUUCACAUGCUUGGUGCGUUAGGGGAGAGGUGUAUUAGAGGGAGAGCAUUUUAGAAGAUCAUAUAAUCGUUUGUUAAUUUUUCGU